GUCUCGUGACAAAGCAACAAUGCAGUGACGGCUUGUCAGUAGAGGUGGUGGCGACACCAAACUCUAGUAUGUCCUAUGUCUGGUUCUAUAGACACAGUGGAAGAUUCUCUGAUGAACUGCAAUCCAUGAGGAAUAAAGCCAACCCUCGGUUGCACCGCCAUCGAAAGAGUGGAGUAGUUGGAUUAUCAGAUAGUUUUGAUACUCUGCCACCACCCCCUCCAGUUCUGGUUGAGUUCUUUACAAACGAGAAGUCAUUUAAGGAGAGAUUACAACUCUACUUCAUAAAGAAUCAACGCUCAAGUCUUCGAAUUCGAAUAUUUAACCUUGUAAUAAAACUGUUGACAUGUAUCCUGUAUAUAAUCCGUGUGUCCAUGGACAAUUCCUAUUUGUGCAGCUCAGGAAAAUCCUGUAUAAAUGGUACAACACAGAGUCAUGUGAUGCAAGAGGCGGAGACCUUCCAUCUAAACCAAGAUAUCAAAUGGAAUGCCAUACUGUGGGUGGAACGGCACACCAGUGUGUGGAUCUGCCAGGUUACCGUGGCAAUCAUCAGUCUUACAGAGACCUGUCUUGUACAGUAUCUCAGUUACAAGGGCAAUAUCCUACAACAGAUUCUGUCACUUGAAUUUUUGGUUGAGCUGAUUACAACUGUUCCAUUUGUGUUUGCUAUUUUUGAACCACUACGUAAUCUUUUCAUUCCUGUUUUUCUCAAUUGCUGGUUAGCAAAACAAGCAUUGCAGAAUAUGUUUAACGAUCUUCACCGGGUCAUGCAGAAGUCUCAGUCUGCUCUUGGUCAACAGUUAAUGAUAUUGUGUGCUACCCUCCUGUGCCUUGUCUUUAUAAGUGCCUGUGGUGUUGAGCACCUGCAGAGAGCGGGGAACCACCAUUUUGGCCUGUUUGAGUCUCUGUGGUUCGUUGUGGUGACGUUCUCCACGGUGGGGUAUGGCGACAUCUACCCCGACAUCUGGCCCAGCCAGCUCUUCAUGCUUAUCAUGAUCUGCUGUGCCCUCAUCAUCCUACCUACACAGUUUGAACAGCUGGCGUACACAUGGCUGGAGCGACAGAAGAUGGGUGGGUCGUACAGCAGCCACCGAGCCCAGACGGAGCGCCAUGUGGUGGUGUGUACUACCACGCUGCAGUCAGAGACAUUCCUCGACUUCCUCAAUGAAUUCUACGCACACCCUAUGUUACAGGAUUACUUUGUGGUUCUGCUGUCGCCAUGUGAGCUGGACUCUAACAUGAAGAUGUUGCUGCAGGUUCCACUGUGGGCACAGCGAGUGAUCUAUGUUCAGGGGUCCGCCUUAAAGUAUUCUGAUUUGGCACGAUGCAGAAUGCAGGAUGCUCUUGCCUGUUUUAUUCUGUCGGCCAGAAACUACCAAGAUAGAACAGCAGCUGAUCAGCACACAAUCAUGAGGGCCUGGGCAGUAAAAGAUUUUGCUCCAAACUGUCCCCUUUAUGUUCAAAUAUUCCGACCAGAAAAUAAAUUCCAUGUGAAAUAUGCAGAUCACGUUGUGUGUGAAGACGAGUUCAAGUACGCCCUUCUUGCCAACAACUGUCUCUGUCCAGGCGCUUCCACGUUUGUCACUCUUCUCCUUCACACCUCCAGAGGACAGGAGGGUCAGACGUCCUCAGAAGACUGGCAGAAACUGUAUGGCCGGUGUUCGGGAAAUGAAAUCUACCACAUUCAGCUGGGGGAAAGCAAAUUCUUUGGAGAAUACCGAGGGAAGAGUUUUACUUACGCCUCCUUUCACGCCCACAGAAAGUAUGGAGUGAGUUUAGUCGGUGUUAGGAAAGAUUUGCCUGGUGCUACGAUUCAGCUGAACCCUGGCCCACGUCACAUCAUGAAGCCGUCAGACACCUGUUACUACAUGAACAUCACCAAGGAGGAGAACUCUGCAUUCAUCCUUGCUCACCCCAACCAGGAGGACAAGACGGACAACAAACGGAUCCCUAUAGCAGCUGAGCAGGCGUCUCGCGUGGCCAGUGUCAUUGCCAGUGUUGGAAAUGUUGCAUUUGAGCUUCAGCAAGCACAGUCUUCUCCGGACAUGACAAGGACGAACUCGCUGCACCGUGAAGGAAGCAAGCGGCGCCACCUGGCUCUUCCAAAGGGACUGAAUCCUUUGAGUCUACAGAAACGGCCGAGUAUUGCCCCCGUUCCUGCCUUCCUCGAUACCGACAACGUCCAGAUCAGCAUCAUCACGUCAGACUCAGAGUCUGAUGAAGAUGAUGCUGCCAGCAAUAACAACGAUGAAGAUAACUUGGAUUACGUGCGGGGUUUCCCACCAGUGACUCCGUACGUAGGAACGAGUCCGACACUAUGUCACUUAAUGCGCGAGAAGAGGCCGUUGUGUUGUCUGCAACUAGCGCAGGUACAACCGAAGUCAUACGGAUCAUGUGUGCAUUGUGAGUAUAGGACAAUUAAGGAGUACAACUGGCCGAAUCGAGCAAUACUUGUAACGGCCGACUUCGCUAGCAGUGCUUUGUACAACUUCAUAGUUCCUCUGAGGUCUCACGCCAGACCACAGUCUUCUCUCAACCCAAUAUUACUAUUGUUAGAGAUUCCGCCUGAUACGAGCUUCUUGGAAACAAUAUGCUUCUUUCCGAUGGUUUACUGGAUGAAGGGUUCAAUUGAUAGGCUUGAUGAUCUGUUACGUGCAGGAAUCAACCAGGCUGAUAACGUUGUUGUUGUCAACAAAGAGAGCUCCAAUGCUCUAGAAGAAGAAACCCUAGCGGACUGUAACACCAUUAUUUCUGUCCAGACAAUCUUUAGGUUAUUUCCAAAUGCCAACAUCAUUACGGAGCUGUCUCAAGCAUCUAACAUGAGAUUUAUGCAGUUCCGGGCCAAUGACAGAUAUGCACUCACCAUAUCAAAACUGGAAAAAAAAGAGCGAGAGCGUGGUUCACAUAUCUACUACAUGUUCCGAUUACCAUUUGCUGCGGGCAAUGUGUUCAGUGCCAGUAUGUUAGAUACACUGCUGUACCAGGCGUUUGUCAAAGAAUACCUCAUCACGUUUGUGCGGCUUCUCUUGGGAAUUGACCAGGCUGUUGGAUCAGGUCAUUUGACUAGUAUGAAAAUUGCGAAAGACGACCUAUGGAUUAGAACGUAUGGCCGCCUGUACCAGAAGCUGUGCUCCACGACAUGUGAAAUUCCAAUAGGAAUAUACCGAACACAGAUCCAUUCAGGCAAUGAUGUCGUCUCGCCAGUUCAUAUGAAUUCAUCCAAAAAAAAUGGAGAUAGCCGAGGGUAUUAUCCAAUGGAAUCAUUAAGCAGGGAUCAGUCUGCACUCAACCUUGCAUUUAGAAACUCCUUUGUGUCGCUGGGAAUGGGGGACGACCAGGAGGAGCGGUUCAGCAAUCAUCUGUCUCCAGAGCGCCAAGAGAUCAUCCAGAUGGUCAAGUGUCGGAUGCAGUCGCACAGCCUCCCACACGAGGACUACGCUGAAGUGAGUGACAAGAGGAAGACCGUGUCGUAUGUGAUCAUCAACCCCAGCUAUGACUUGAAGCUGGAGCUGGGUGAUAUAGUGUACCUAAUCCGUCCAAGUUCUCUCUCACCCCAACCCUCACCACUGACAGAUGAGAGAAAACUGGGUCAGAAAAGAGAGAAAAAUCAAGAUGAAUCGAAUGAUGCCAAGGAGAAAUCCAAAAAAAAGUGCUGUGAGGAAAUUCCUCCUUACACUGGAGUCCAUACAGGUGGUAGCAGAAUUCCUAUUGUUUAUUACGACUCUGACGAAGAGGACAGUGAUGACAUUGAUGAAACCAGUCCCGUCUGUCCGAGAAUCAACAUCAUCCAGGGCACGCCGCGACACAGCACCGUCAGUAUUGAAGACAACAAUGACAAUGAUGACUUGCCACAUAUUAAUAAGAUGGGAUUAGGUGGCACUGUGGUUUAAGCAAGCUCAGUUUACCCACAACAACAAAAUACUCAAGUUUAAGUGCCAGUUUGUCUUAUCGAAGUGACACAUUUUUGCUUCUUUUUGUUUUUUUGGACAAAGAUUACAUUAAAAUUUUAAUGUAAACUGUUGAUUGUGAUGUGAACUAUACUGCUGUACUGGAAAAAAGGAAUGUGAAACAAUACAGCACCCCAUUGUUAUAUAUCAGUUUAUCAGCUGUGAUAAAAGAAAAGAGAAAAGACGAAUUUGCAGGAGAAAAAAAUGAAGGGAAAAGAUAAGAAGAAAGAAAGGAAAGAAGAAUAGAAGAAAAGAGAAAAAGAACAAAUAUGGCAAAUAAACAAGGAGGAAAACAACCCAGAGACAUAAGGCAAAACAAAAUAUAUUGCUGGUCUCUGGUCAGCGUUGAUUUUGACCCUGCGAGUCACCAUUAAUUGUUUUCACAUUUACUGUGGCAAAUACUAUACCAGAAAUAAUGCUGCACUGUGUCAGCUAAUAAUAAUGUGACGCCAUAACAUUCUGGGUUCAAAUGAGGUAAUUUGGGGACAAAGUCGAAGUCAUAAAGGUUGCCAUGGGUAUGUGUAAAAUGUCCUGGAAAGCAUUUAGGAUAGCAAGGCAAAUGAAGGGGACACCAUAGCCAAUGAGGGACCAAGACAGAUUAGGAAGACAUAAAAAAUAUAUAUACCAGGUAUACCAACCUUUUCUGUCUAACACGUGAUUUUCAGAAGAAAAAACAACCAAAUCCCUGCAUUGCAGCAUCAAUGUUAGAACUUUUGGUCUGACCAGAGAGUGACUUUGUUAUUGUUCUGGGCCUAAAGGGAAGAUAUUAAAGGCUAUGUAAACCUAUCAUUAACAACUAAAUCAGAUCUGAAUUAUUUGGCCAUAGCAGUGAUUGAUAAUUGGUUGCAAUAAUGUCUGAAAUAAUUAAAGGGACACACCCUAGUUACGUUUAUUUGUUAACCAUUAUGGCGUUUUUCGCUAUUAAACCCCAUUUUUCACAAAUAAAAUUGCACUUUACUUACAUUUUAUUAUUUA